AUGAAGGCUCUUUCGCCUCAGUCCAUCUCAUCUGCACCAUCAGACAUCCGGCUCUCAACCCAGCACGAGCGACUCAUCCUCAAGCUACUACCCUUCAAAGACGCAAGGGCUUUCCCCGAGAGUUGCAGAAGUACCUUAUUCCAUCCAGAUAAGACUGACCGGGACGGUCAGGAGGACCAUAUGCGGUUCAUUAUGUCGAUUGUGGGGGACAACAUGCUCAAGAACCUGUGGCACAAUUUGGAAUGGGGGAAGAGGGGACUUGAGAUCACAAAGGCAGCAUAUGAGGUCCUGAGUUUUCUCAGGGCAUCGCAGAUGGAGAGAGACCAGAAUCCGCCGGGAUAUGAGGUUUAG